AUGUUAAUGCAACCGCAGGGCUGUGUCCUCGCGCCUACCCUCUUCAGUCUCAUGUUCUCUCCCAUGCUGAUGGAUCCCUACCGCGAAGAACGCAAGGGAUCUGAACCACCGGCGGAUGCACCUCCAGUCGCGUGUAUCCACAUCGAUCGUUCAUGAACUUCUCAACGCCGACAAAUGCGCCCUCAACGUCACUUAGCAAGGGGACAUGCAAAGGAGCACGGACCUCUUCAACGCCGACUACGACAACUUCGGCCUGGUCAUCAACACGGACAGAACAGUGGUUAUGCAUCAACCGCCACCCGACGCUGUCUAUGUCGCACCCAAAAUCAACGUGAACCGCAUCUAA